CACAAAGACGCGCACCUCCGCUACACAGCAGACGCUCCCGCUCUCCGGAAAACCCCCCUAGAAAACAAAAUAACAACAAGGGGGAGAUUUUUUUGGUUCGGGGGCGUCAUUAAGCGGAGCAGGAGACAGAGAAAGGUAAAGAGAGAGUAAAGAGAGUAAACACGCGCUGUAAAGAAAAAAGACGCGUGAGCGAACACGAGCGUGAGCGUGUUUUUCCGUGCGCGCGGCUGUGUGUGUUUUGAUCCUCGCGCAGUAAGACGGAAUUUGCGGGGUGCACGCCUGCCUGACACCGCGCUUUCAGCAUGUCAGAGGUGCUGCCAUACAGCGAGGAGAAAAUGGCUCAUUACAGCAACGACGCCGACGAUGAGGACCACCUUUCAUUCACCUGUCGCCUGCAGGACACCAACAACUUCUUCAACGGCAACCAGAACAAGCGGCCGCCCAAGCUCGGCCAGAUCGGGAGAAGCAAAAGAGUCGAGGAAGAAACGGAUGGAGAAGCGCUGGAGAAGGCGGCGGAUAAGUCGUCAUCGUCUGCGUGAGCCGACUCCAAAGACACUUGACCUUUGAUGUGUGUACCCAAAGACAUUGUAAAGAAGCACCCCCCCUCUCCCAUCCGGCAAAACCAAGCACGACAUCACAACCCUCUUCCCAUCAAACAGGGAUGGCUGAUGGACACUGGCGUCCACUAACAAAGCAAAGAAGCAAAUGAGCCCAUGGGAAGGGAAUGCUGUGUUUUCCAAACCUUCGAGCUUUGUGCAAUGAAAGGGGUCGAAGCCCCGUCCUACCGGGAUGUAACGAAGCAAUUAGAGAUACAGACAGAUUGUACCAUUAACAUCAAACCAGUACAGAUUCAAUCCAGGUGCUGGCUGAUGUUCAUGGUAAAAUAGCAAUUUCAACUUCUUCCACGGUGAAUCUCUCAAAGAGGCUCGCUAUGUAUUUAAGAAGGCUAUUUAUUAAAUCUUUGGAUACCUUUUUUCAGUGUUGGAGGUCGAAGCAAAUUGAAUUUUAUAUACUGACAGGAAAAUGUGAUUUUUAUUUUCUUUUGUUGUUUUGGAUGUAGCUUGACUAAGGGAUUACCACAAUCAUACUCCUCCCUCUUUUGCCAAUUUCAUAAACGCAUUCAAUGUUUCCGAGAUAUACAGUAGAUCAGUUUGUUCAAGUCGAGUUCAAAAACACACAAAAAAGAUGAUUAAUAUUGUACUACAUAUUAUUACAUAUUACCGUAGAUGUGCCAAAAUAACCAUGACAGAAAUAUGUAUUUCUGUGCUUUCUUCACAUGCACAGGUCGAUGAAUAUUUGGUGUUCAUGUUUACAGGGCUUUUUUUCAUACUAGUGAUGUACUUUAGUCAUGCAUGACAAACCUUGCGACCUCAACAGGAUAUUAUUAUGGCUAAUGUUGUGUUUCACGAAACAUUUCUAAGGAAAUAUCUGUAAAAUUAAAGAUUUUAAGAAAAUGCUAAAAGCUGGUUUUGUCACGGCGUCCGAGUCUUUCUGAAGCCCUGAAUCAUGAUGGGUGUGUUCACAGUGACAGUUGACAUACACUUGCAAGACACAUGUAUGCCAUGGCCAACCAUAUUUUCUGUAAGUGAAAUAAGAAAAUAAUAAAUACGUCCUUUUUAAUGGAUUCUGAAUUAAAAAUGUACAUACUGUACAGGAAUUCAGAUUUUUUAUUCUGUUUUGUCAUUUACCUUUGUGGCACGGUGAAUAAGCUGGUGAAUAACACUAGUCUGACUGGCUCCAUUAAAAAGGUGCAUGGAACAGUGGUCUCUCGUUAAGGUCAGGAAAAAACUGCCAUCUGAUACUGAGAGGAAAUUCAUUCAUCUUAUGAUGAGAUAUAAUAAAAAAAAACACAGAAGGUCUGCUAUUGAUUAAAAGCUGCUAGUUUAUGGGUUAUGCUGUGCACAGUCGAACCAGCAUUACAUUUUCAUGUUUUCAUUAGUGGUUGCCAUGUAGGGAAAAAGCCCCCGCACUUGUUUUUUUCCCAUCUGAUCGCCAACAGAUUUCAGCCAGCGGCACGGUGGCUAAGUGGGUAGCACUGUCGCCUCACAGCAAAAAGGUCCUGGGUUCGAUCCCCAGGACCCCAGGUCCUUUCUGUGUGGAGUUUGCAUGUCCUCCCGUGUCUGCGUGGGUUUCCUCCGGGAGCUCCGGUUUCCUCCCACAGUCCAAAGACGUGCAAGUGAGGUGAACUGGAGAUACAAAAUUGUCCAUGAUGUUCGAUAUGACCUUGUGUACUGAUGAAUCUUGUGUAACAAGUAAAUACCAUUUCUGUCAUGAAUGUAACCAAAGUGUAAAACAUGAGGUUAAAAUCCUAAUGAACAAAUAAACAGACUU